GCGAGUGAGUGAAGAGGCAGUCCUACAUUCCAUAUUUAGGAGCAGUGUCUCGCUGCUGAUUGAUAACGUUGUGUCUGGCUUCGUGUGAGCAAAUAACCCCGAGCGAUCAGCUGUCUGCGAGAAGCAACAAAUACAAGAAAUGGAUAAAGAAUUAAUUGACGUGGACACAGAGCAGACUCUCUUUUGUUUAACCCUUACUAUGUAUCAUCCAAAUCACCAAGAUCAAAAAGUCUUCAAAGGCAUCAGUUUUAGCCGAAAAGAAGUAAUAAAGGCCGAUGCAGUUGUGGCCUUCGGGCGUGAUUACAAUAUUUGCCGCUAUCCUUUGCUUAGUAACAGAGUCUCCCGGAUCCAGUUCAGCUUGCAACUCUUCAAGCAAUUUAACUGCUCCACUAGCACCUUUGAGAUAAAAAACUUAAGCAAAAAGAACAAACUGUAUGUGGACAACUUGGAAUUGGAUUAUCUCAACAAGGUCGAGCUGCCUGCAAAGUGUAUGAUCCGCUUUGGGGAUUUCCAGAUAUUGGCAGAAAUUGAAGCAGGGGACUCCGAUGAGAAGUUUGAAAUUUGCUGUGAAAAAUCAAACGUCUCCCUUGUUCAGGACAGCUUUAUACCAACUAUGCAGCCGGUUCCAGAAUGUGGAACCCUAAAUGCUGUUGAAAUAGAUGAAAACGAAUCUUAAAUUUCUAACUUAAUUUUAUAUAUAACAGACGAUGGUGAAACUAGAAAGACUCUUAGGCAUAUUUAUUGUAGGCAGCUACCCCUAAUACUAGGGAUGCAUGAAUCCGGGAUUCGGCCAGGAUUCAGCCUUUUUCAGCAGCAUUCGCCCGAAACUUUUUGCCCGGCAAUCCGAAUUCUAGUUUGCAUAUGCAAAUGAGGGAAGGGAAAUCGCGUGACUUUUUGUCACAAAACAAGGAAGUAAAAAAUUUUUUCCCCUUGCCACCCCUAAUUUGCAUAUACAAAUUAGGAUUCGGUUUGGUAUUCGGGCAGAUCUUUCAAGAAGGAUUGGGGGGUUUGUCCGAAUCCAAAAUAGUGGAUCCAGUGCAUCCCUACCUAAUACAUUUUUCCAUAAACAUAAUAUUUAUCAGUUGGAAUCACAUGGGACACCCCAGUAGUUGCAGGGACUUCUGGUAAUAGAAUUUGGGAUUAUUAAAUGUAACUCUGAAAGGACGGAGUUGGAACCUCUGCCUAAAAUAGGGUGUGGUAUUUGUGUAUUGGCUCCAAAUGUAUUUUUUUUUUUUUUUUUUUUUUUUUUUUUAUGUAGAGGACAUUGUGUCAGAUUGCUCCUGGGAAACCUUACAGUAUUUCAUAUACAGGUAUGGGACCAGUUAUCCAGAAUGCUCGGGACCUAGGGUUUUCUGGACAACGGAUCUUUCCGUAAUUUGCAACUUCAUACCUUAAGUCUACUAGAAAAUAAUAUAAACAUUUAAGUAAACCCAAUGGGCUGGUUUUGUCUCCAGUAAGUAUUAAUUAUAUCUUAGUUUAGAUUUAGUUUAGAUCAAGUACAUGGUACUGUUUUAUUAUUAGAGAAAAAGGAAAUACAUUUGAACUUUAUUAUUUUUUUGGAUAAAACGGAGUCUAUGGGAGCAUUAUUUGGGCAUUGUGGAUAAUGGGUAUAUAUUUGACCCUGCACCCACUGUCAAGUUAAGACCGGUAGGAGGGUGGAUACUGAGAGAAAAAAAAAAAAAAAAAAAAAAUAUAUAUACUUUUUACAUUAAUAUAUCAAUCAAUUUUCCAUGCAGCAUACAUUAUCAACAAUAAGAUAAUCAAUACUCUAGGUUAGCAUUGUACAGAAUUACUGUAUCCUGAAUGAAUGACUUAUACAGGUAUGGGACCUGUUAUCCAGAAUGCUCGGGACCUUGGGUUUCCCAGAUAAGGGGUCUUUCUGUAAUUUGGAACAACAGACCUUAAGUCUGCUAAAAAUCAUUUAUACAUUAAUUAAACCCAAUAGAUUUCUUUUUUGCCUCCAAUAAGGAAUAAUAAUAUCCUAGUUGGGAUCGUGUACAAAGUACUGUUUUAUUAUUAAAGAUAAAAAGGAAAUAAUGUAUGUGAAUUAUUUGAUUAAAAUGGAGUCUAUAGGAGAUGGCCUUCCCAUAAUUCAGAAGAAUUCUCGACAUUGGCUUUGGAUAACAGAUCACAUACCUCUACCAAGUAAGGGAAUUUUGUUCGCAAAACAUUUUUUUUCUUCUGAACUUUCCUCUGAAAAACUCUGUAUGUAUGUAUAUAGAUUAGCUGUAAGAUAUUUGUAUUAAACUUCAAGUUGGUAAACAUAUAAAGAUCACUGCACAUUAA